GCUGUCAAGAGUGUCAUUCUGAUUGGGAGGAACAAUUUAUUGAAAACACAAAACACGGUCGCGAAAAUUGUGCUGUUUUGUAAUUUAUCCUCCCCUAAGGGAUUUUAUCGAUUGAAUUGGAAGGAAAAGGACCUAGUAUAAUCGUAAGCCAUAAAGUGCGUAACCACACACCAUGACUGGACGUGGCCGUAAUCAAGGAACGAAACUCGAAACAACCAUCGAGCAGUGUCGCAGUGAAGGACGCUGGAAACGGGUGAUCGAGUUGGCCGAAGAGCUGAAAACGGGAUACCCGCAAGAAUGUCUCGCAAACUUUCUCACGGGCGAAGGAAAGCUUGAAUGCUACCUAGAGGAACACCCCCCGAUAGAGGACAACUACUCCAAGGCGAAGCUCGGAUUGUCCGAGGCCAAACGCUACCUAAACUCCGUCACUGGGGAGAAUGGCAAGAAGGCUGGCUUUGCGCUGGAUGCACACUUGCUGCUGGCGAAGCUGUACUUUGCCUGUGGCCAGUACGACGAGUCGCUGCAGAACUUUGUGCUGGCAGAGUUGAACACACUGUCGGAGAAGCAUCUUUCAUCGCGAAGCAUUCGAAUUCUUGCCGAAUCGUACGCCAUCAAGGGGAUGUGUCUGGAAAGGAAGGGCUCGAAAGCACCGUCCAAGUUUAAGCAGGCGGAGCAGGAAACGGAAAUGAUUACGUGCUUUGAGCGAGCGGCCGAUCUCGGCAUACUUUACCUCCAGGGGCAGGACAAUAACAACCAGGGCGAGGUUCGGCGGAUGGGCGCAAUCCUCGAGACGGGCCUGCAGCGAGCUCCGAUCGUGCUGAUUAAGGCAGGAAAGCUGCAAAACGCGAUCGACCGUUACCGGGUAAUGCUGAGCGCGGUCGAAACGAAAGCGACACAAACGCUGCGUCUAACGCUGGCCCGCCAGUUGGCGGAAGUUUUGCUGCGUGGCGUGUCAGGCACCAUAUACACCCUCCCGGCCAGUAACACUCCGACGCGCAACGCAUCCGGUGGCAACAAACGGCUCUGGGAGCCGCGCAAAUAUUCCGGCCGGCAGCAAUUCAUCCCGAAAAACCAGCACGAGGAAACGAUACUGCUGCUGCUGAUCGCGGAAACGCUCGCCGUGCGGGAUGCCGUACUGUCGCAGUCGCCCGAGUUCCGUGACGCACGCGUACACUCGCUAGGCAAUGCGACGGCCAUCUACGAUCUGCUAACGCUCGCCACCGUGCGCUGGAAUCAGGUGGCGCUGUUGCACGAUUCGCUCGAGAAAGCACUGAAAUUUGCGUUCGGAGAAAGCCACGUGUGGAAGCAGUACGCAACCUGUCUGAUGGCACUCGGACGCCACAUGCAUGCCGUAUGUGCGCUCAAGGAACACUCCAACCUGGAGCCGGGCGACAGUCUGUCCUGCCUGAUGGCGGCUCGCGUUUGCUACGAGCAUUUGGAUCAGGUAAAGGAAGGGCUCGCGUUUGCCGAGCAAGCACUGCGCAAAGAGCAGAAAAGCCCAGUUGCGCGAAGGUCACGCGCUCAGCUGUACGUCGGUAUCGGACUGCAACAGAUGGCGGUAUCGUCCAACCUAGUGUCCGAGCGCGAUCGCUACAAUCGUCUUGCGUACGAAGCGCUCGAGCGUGCUGUACAGCAGGAUCCAAACGAUCAUCUGGUGGAGUACUAUUUGGCCUGCCAGCAUGCACACAAUUACAACAUCACGGAAGCGCUGGUGCACAUAACGACCGCCCUAUCGCUGCGGGCCGAACAUGCAUCCAGCCUGCUGCUGUUCGCCCUACUGCUAACGGCCAAUCGACGCCCGAAGGAGGCGCUAGCCGUGGUGCAGGACGCGGUCGAAGAGUUCCCGGACAACUUGAAUCUGCUGCACGUGAAGGCUCACCUGGAGCUGUACUUGCGCGACGUCGAGACGGCGCUCGAAACGGUGCAGCAGAUGUUCGGCAUCUGGCGCGAGGUGUACGAGGAGCAGCUGGCCAACGCGGCCAACGAGCAUGACCACGAGAAACAUUCGGAUACGCGCAGCGUCAUACAGAUGCAAUCGUCCCAAAUGUCCGACAAAGAUUCAAAUUCCAUUCAUGCCGCAUCGUUGGCAGCGUCGCGCAUUGAGCACGCGCUCAGCGAGGCGGCCAGCUCGCUUAGCUCGUUCAGUCCGCGGCCCGGACCGCAAACAGCUUGGAUGGUUCAGUUCAAGAUAUGGCUGCUGCUAGCCGAUGUGUAUCUGGCCAUCGAGCAGCCAAAUGAAGCGAUCAACUGCAUCCAGGAAGCGAGCCUGAUCAAUCCCGUUUCGCAUCAGGUUAUGUACAUGCGUGGCCAACUUCACAUCUUUCAGUCGCAGUGGAAUGAAGCGAAACAGUGCUUCCUGAAUGCGGUUUCGGCCAAUCCGUAUCACACGGACGCUUUGCGCGCCCUUGGCGAAGCACAUCUGACGCUCGGUGAGCCCCGGUUAGCGGAGAAAACGCUCAAGGAUGCGGCCAAAAUAGAUCCCAACUGUCCGAAGAUAUGGUUCCUCCUUGGACGUGUGAUGGAAAGUCUGGGUGAUUAUACGGCUUCGGCCGAUUGUAUGUCGACGGCGCUCCAGCUCGAACCGUACUGCCCCGUGCUGCCGUUCAACGCUAUCGGGCUCGUUUUCGAUUGAGCGACCCUGGUGCGACUUGACUUCAGACUUUCGCGUUCUCUCACCAUUUUUACUAUUCUUAUCGAUCGUUGACUAAUUUUAGGACCCAGCCAAUCAACCAGUGGGCAUCGCUUGCUCCUCUUCACAGUCACAGUUGUUUAUAGCCCAGCCAACGGCAUAAUCAUAUCAGUUUUUAUACUAGCCGAAGGAAUGGUCUCUUUUAGCAUGAAAGUAUUAUGCGACGUUGCGUGUCAUUUCCCUGUUGUUGCCGUAGGGUAAUACCGGUCCCUUCUAUUCGGGGAAGAAGAAUUGCAUUUUAAAGAUGUUUGUUUGUUAUUCAUGUGGUUAUUUUGUUAUUCGCUACACCUCAAAGUCCCUAUGCUCCCAGAUAGUUUUCCUUUAUCUCCCUGUGAUCGUUUCAUUGUUAAUAGGUUUAGGUAGGUUCGUGAAAUGGAUAGGCUAUAUUCAGUACACGAAUAUAAGAAAAUAUUAUAAAACAGUACGGGCUCAUGAGGUAUUAUCAAUCGGUGUGUUGGAAGGAAAUGGAAAACCAAAAAUAUACAAUAAAGUUCGGACAUGGUUAACUCUA